AUGCUUACCUCAACGCGGAAGUCGGGACCGCUACGGCGCAACCCCAGGAGCAGACUGCUGAAGAUAUUCACUCAAGCAGCUCGACGGAGCGACCAACCACACAGCCGCCGGCCGCCGGACGGACAACCACGCGAUCGAGUCGCCCUCUGCGCGAGUCGGCCAGGACGCGUCAAGUUCGCGAACCGCCGGCAGUCCAACCAGCACGUAGAAGAGGUAAACGCCCACUUUGGUCAGAAGCCUAUUCUCGGGGCCAUAAACCAUCUCAGAAGCAAAGAUCACGGUUGGCUUAUCUUGGACGCGUCGGACGCAAUUGAAAAGUUAGGCAUCCGCGUACUCAACUGCAAUGUAGCGAGGGCUGAGCGGAACAAUAAUGCCUUUGUGACUGCGCUGAAGAGUGGAUACAAGGUCCUCGAAGGGAGGUCUCCCGAUGAUCCGGGAGACGUCCUACAUUCCGCCACGACAACGGAAUACCGGGAUGAUAACAACCGCGAGGAGAGCGAGCCCACUGCGCGCGAGCUGCAUCUUGCAUACUGGCGGGGCGCAUCGCCCGGCUGGUACGCCGCCGUUGUACUAACUCUCGGCAGCUUCGAAGCUCUAGGGAUUUCGGGGACCAUUUCCAAUACCAGUUUCACCAAAAGCCACAUCCCAGUUUGUUUCAAGUCAGAUCAAAAGACUCGCACUAUCUCUGGGUGGGCAGAGGGCUAUGAAGAUGGCGUGGCUAAGGUUACUAUGCGAAAAUUCCCUGUUAUGUACUUUGGUGACGACCAGGUGAUACCGAUGGAAGGUCUCCUAGUUCCUCCUCGGGGAUUCUCAGACGCAGAAGUCCUCAGCUGUUCGUGGUACUUUAAGCCUUACCACGUAGGCUUCAUCGGGUUCGAUCCAGUACGGCUACACCUUCUCGCGUGCCCGAAUGGGCACGUGACUCGGCACCUGAUCCCGGACCCCUGUCUCUUGGGUGCGGUUGUCACCAACACCGUGGUUCCAACACUAGCCAAUAACACCAACCACAUAGAGGGCACAUUAUCGAACGGGACUCCCCCGGCCGAGUGCGAAUCACAGUCGACUGCUUCCGUUCAAUCCAGCAUCGGAUGGGAUACAGUCAACAGGAAUGCAGCCGAUGUAUCUGAGGAUUCGGGCGACAUCUCCAGAGGCCAGAGCAACGACCCAUUAUAG